GGAUCGGGUAACCCUAGAUCUGCCACUUCUCUCUUUUAUUCCCAAAUCUCUUAUUUCUCUACUACCCAUUGCAAGAAGAAACCCAAGUAGGUGUUUGAUCAAAUUGAUGGUGCCUUAAACAAGUUUGAUGAGAUGCUACAUAUGCAUCGACGUCCUUCUAUUGUGGAAUUUAAUCAAUUAUUAGGGGCCAUUGUUAGAAUGAAGUAUUAUGAAACUGCGGUUACUCUGUUGAGAAAAAUGGAAUUACUAGGAAUUAAUCCUGAUGUUUAUACUCUCAGCAUUUUGGUAAAUUCUUUUUGCCGCUUGCAUCGUGUGGAUUUUGGGUUUUCGGUUUUGGGGAAGAUGUUGAAGUUGGGCAUUGAACCAAAUACUAUAACACUCUCCACUUUGAUCAAUGGACUUUGCAUUGGAGGUAAAGUAGCUCAAGCUGUGAGGUUGUUUGAUGACAUGAUUCGAGAAGGGUAUCAGCCUAAUUUAAUCACUUAUACUACGAUAGUAAAUGGUCUUUGUAAAAUAGGUGAAACUAUUCGGGCUAUUAGAUUGCUAAGGACUAUGGGAGAAAUAGGUUAUGCACCUAACAUUGUAACAUACAGCACUAUCAUCGAUAGCCUUUGUAAGGACAAGAAUGUAACCGAGGCUUUGAAGCUUUUCUCGGAAAUGAGAGGUGGCAUGUCACAGGUUGGGAGACUUGCAUUUGCACAAGAACUUUUGAAAGAAUGAGUGCUCGUGGCCUAGUUCCAAACGCGAUCACUUAUUGUACUUUGUUGGAUGGCUUAUGCAAGCGUUGUCAUAUUCAUGAGGCAUUGGGACUUUUUCAU